AUGGCCUUCCCUCUGAUCUUGGGCUCUCUUGUUGGUAGUGCAAUGGCCAACUUCGCCGUGGUCGAGCCGGGCACAGUCGCCAACAGCUCAGCGCAUCUCGGCGUCACACUGGCUGCUGAGUGCGUCGAUGCCAUCGAAGCCGACGUGAGCUGUGACCCCUAUUUACAACUCCAAGCCGCGGCAGAUUCGUACGCCAGCGACACCACCACAAAGGCCUACGUCUGCACCGCAGAAUGCCGCUCGACCCUGCGCUCGUACAUCUCCAACGUCGCCUCCAGCUGCUCGGGUCAGCCUCUGCCAUGGGAGGGCAUGCCGCACGCAUACUUUGGCAAGGUCCUUGAGGCCACCUACAACAUGACUUGUCUCCAGGAUGCCAGCACGGGACAGUAUUGCACCCAGGUCCUCCUGGGGUUUGGCAGCGCCACUGUCGAUGAGCUCACGCUCGAGCAGGCCUGCUCCCCGUGCAUGCUGUCCGUGGGCCAGCUUAUCCAGUCCACCUCGUACAGCAACUAUGAUGAUGAGCUGGCCUCGCAGUGGGCGAACAUCCAGAGCCGCUGUGGCGUCAGCUACCCGACCGAGAGACAGCCAUCCGAGACGACGGGAAACGGCGGGUACGGCUAUGCCGACAACUACACAACAGAAACGACAUGCUGGUCCGGCCAGACGUACACCGUCGUUGGUGGUGAUGACUGUGGCGCCAUAGCAGCCGCCCAGAGCGUGUCGACAGGCACGCUCAUCACGCUCAACAACAUCCUGCCCGACUGCACCAACCUGCGCAUCGACCAGGUCCUCUGCCUCCCGGAAAAGUGCACCACAUACACCGUACAGCCUGGCGAGACGUGCUUCGCCAUCGCCAACGCGCACGACCUGACCUUUACGCAGCUGCUCUCCUGGAACCCAGCCCUCAACCCGACCUGCACGAACCUCAUCAGUGACUCGCGCAUCUGCCUGUCCGUCCCGGGCGGUGUCGUCUAUAACGCAACGGCCAUUGCAGGCGUGACACCCACCCAGACUGGAGCGUAUGCCACGGCGACGGCCUCGCCCCCGGCCAGCGGCUCUCUUGCCUACGGCACCACGACCAACUGCGGCAAAUACUACCACGUCGUAGACGGUGAUUACUGCCAGAUCGUCGCGCUCAAGAACAGCAUCGACCUCGCCCUGUUCGCGCUCAUCAACCCGUCCAUCGACGCGUCGUGCAGCAACCUCGUCCCGGGGCUGUACUACUGCGUCCAGCCCACGCAGGACUGGAACGUGACUGUCCCCACCACCACAUUCUACACCACCGUGGCCCCGCCCGGGCCGACAGGCAGCGGUACCGCAUCCGCGUGCUAUGUGUGGUAUGUGGCGCAGGUCGACGACGCCUGUUACACCAUCGCCGCCACCCACGGCAUCACCCUCGACGCGCUGUACGCGUGGAACAGCGCCCUGAAUGCCGACUGCACAAACCUGAUUGCCGGCGACGCUUACUGUGUCGACGCACUGCCAAGGUCAGACCCGGCCACCGAGACCGUGUCAACCCCGGCGACGACAACCAGCGCCGCUGCGGUCGUGACGCCGACGCCGUACCCGGCCAACAUGGUUGCGGGCUGCAAGACGUUCCAUCUCGCGGUGGACGGCGACUACUGCUGGCUGAUCGCGACUGAUGCAGGCAUAGACGUGGCUACUUUCCAGGAAUGGAAUCCAGACACCGGCGCCGACUGCUCCGUAUGGCUUGGGUACCACUACUGUAUAGGCAUGAGUUAA